CGAGCUUUUUCCUGUCGAAGAGCUCACCUGGGCCCUCUCCUCGCCUUGCCCACAGUCCGGCUUCCUGACUGACCCUCAUUUCGUCUCCGCUUUCCUGGACCUCCCGGCUGCUUUUGCUCGCGUUUUUUUCACAGAGGAAAAAAGGUGAAGCACCUCCAUCCUCAGACUCGCCCACCAACAGUUCGGCUCGCAUCCUUCGUCCCUCUUCGAACUUGCGUCGCCAUAGACCAUCCACCCCAAAUCCCCCCAGGCGUAGAGAGACCCUCCUGCUCCAAGAUGCCAGCCGACGUCGCAGUGGCUAGCCCGGGCGUGGACUCGUUUGGAGCGAGGGACAAGGCGCCCUCGAGGCGAUCCAUCCUGGCCAGCAUGAACCCGGCCGACCAGGCCGACGGCUCGCCCACGAGCAACACCGACGCCAUCCUGCGAAGCCGGCGCCCCGGCACGGCCAACAGCCACAAGUCGAACACUAAUGCCAACGGUGGCGUCUCUGCCAAUGGCAGCGACACGGCCUCGCACAAUCGCAAGACGAGCAUCGGCAGCUCGCAGCGAAAGGUCAAUGACAGUGGCGCCACCGAGCCCGUCGCUGCCAACGGCGGAAGCCGUCUCUCGGUGCCCGAGUCCAAUGGCGGCUAUGCAAACGGAAGCGCUGUCCGACGACGCACCUCGAACCUGUCCAACUCAAACGGGGCUGGCCAGGACGACUCUGAUCGUCGCUCGGUCUCGUCGAAGCUUUCGUCUCGCGGCGUCAUCUCCAACCUGCUCCGUACCCGAAGCCGGUCGGCGAGCGCCGAGCCAGAGUCGACGGCAGCCGACGUCAAGGAAAAGUACAACAGCAGCACGACCAGUGACCGCAAGGGCAACCGGCGCAUGAGCCUGCGCAUGCCCAGCUUCAACAAGAAGAACGGCGCUGCUGCUGGCGCUGGCGCUGGUGCCGGUGCCGCCGCCGCCGCUGGUGCCGCCAAUGGCUCGGGCCAGGACGAGGAUGCGCCCCCGGUCCCUCCUGUACCCGAGGCACACCUCAAUGGCAAUGGAAACGCCGCCGUCGGCAAUGGCAGCAGUGCCAGUGGCAACAGCGUCGAGAUUCCCCAGCACCCCUCGGAGAAGAAGAAGGCCGCAAACGGCACCGCUACCACCUCGACGGAGGAGAGCGGCAGCAAGGACAAGGAGGAGCAGCAGCAGUCUCAGGGCAUUCUUGGAGGUGCCUACGCGGCCGUCGCUGGCGGUGCAGCCGCUGCAGGAGGCGCUGCAGCGGCCAUUGCGACCAAGGUGACCGGCAGCAGCAACGCCAAUGGCAGCGACGCAGCGCACAAGGACGAAGACUACGACUCCGACGAUGAGUUCCACGAUGCGCAGCUCGCCGACAUCACGGAGCACGACGAGGAGCACCACCACGACCAGCAGCAGCAGCAGCAGCAUCACCAGCAGCAGCACAGGCACCGGGGUCUGAGCGAGGGCGAGGUCGACUCACUGCGAAGUCGGCCUCGCGACGACGACGAAGGGCAGCGGCAACAGCAGCAGCAGCAGCAGCGAUCUGCCUCGCCUGAAGGUGGUGCUGCACCCAGCCUCCGGUCGCAAGCUCCCUCGCAGCUCCGCGGCACCGCGGGCUUCAAGAGGCGCUCGGGAAGUGUCCCCGUCGGCGGCGGCGAUGAAAGCAACACGCCCUCGGACCAGAAGGCCAGGAAGGAGACGCCAGUCUAUGUGCGAGAAAAGGCCGCGCGCGUCUCCAAGCUCACCUUUGACGAUGUCAAGAUGGACGAGGACGAGAUGAGAGACGACAUCAAGGUCGCCCGAGGAGCGCUCCACCUCUUCCUCAACUCGAGGAUGAUUGAGGCCGAAGAGAUUGUCGCAAAGCACUCGGACCGCAAGCUCUACUACGCCCUGGGAGACGCCCUCAUUGCCGUCAUCAAGGGCUUCAUGACCUUUGAGCCCGAAGAUCUGGCAAAGGCCAUCUCCUACUGCAAGGACUCGCUCACCAUUGCCAGCAUGCUCCGCAAGCCGUCCAACAGCGUGGCCAACUUUGGCCGAUUCGUCAGGGGAACCGGUCAUGGUCCCUCGGGCAUGCACUCGAUGGACAUUGUCCAGCGCCACGCCGAGCUCGUCUAUGCCGAGAGCAUGCUUCUCAAGGCCGUCAUGGGCAUCCUCUACUCGGGUGACUUCUUUGGCUUUGUGGCAGAGGCUCUCAACAUGCGUAACGCCUACGGGAUCUACCGCUCUCUGUCCAAGUACGUCGAAUGGGCCGACGAGCAGGCGCAGAAGAAGAAGGGCCAGAAGCGCGACGAGUCCAUCGACGAAGACUUCCGUUCGGGUGUCUUCCUGGGCAACGGUCUCAUCAGCAUGAUCCUCGGCCUGCUCCCCGGCAAGGUUCUCAAGAUCAUGGAGGUCUUUGGCUACUCGGGCGACUGCAAGUGGGCGCUCAAGACGCUGGCCAGGGCAGGCGAGUGGAGCCCAGACAAGAAGGUGCUCGAGCCGGCCAUGCCAGUCGAGCAGGAGGGCAUCCGUCGCCAGAUUUGCGACAUGGGCAUCCUUCUCUACCACCUCGUCAUCUCCACCUUCAUUCCCGUCACGGGCGUCGACAUUGACUUUGCAGACAAGGUGCUCCACUACAACCUCGAGCGAUACCCCCAGGGCGUCUUCUUCCUCUACUUCUCUGGACGCCUCUACUCGACGCAGGCCCGCGCCGAGAAAGCCAUCGUUCAGUAUCGCCAGGCCAGGGAUGUGCAGCGCGAAUACGUGCAGCUGCAGCACAUCUGCUACUGGGACAUGUCGCUCUGCCACAUGUCCGUCUCGCAGUGGGCCGAGGCAUACGAGUGCUUCGACAUUCUCUUCAAGGACAGCAACUGGUCCAAGGCCGUGUACAGCUACGGCAAGGCAGCCAACCUCAUGCAGAGUGGCAAGGACAGCCAAAAGGCAAAGGAGAUCUUCCACAAGGUGCCCGGUCUCAUGCAGCGCAUUGCCGGCAAGUCAAUUCCGAUGGAAAAGUACUGCGCUCGCAAGGCCAAGAAGUUUGUCAAGCAGGGCCGCCUGCUCCUGCCUGCCAUCGAGUUCUCGUACAUCUACCACUGCCUCACCAACGCACCCCGCUACUCGCUCUGCGACAACCAGCUCGUCGACAUCUCCGAUGCGCUCGCGGACCUCAACGAGGUCGAGGACCCGUCGGCCUACCACUCGGGUGCAGACGAGUACUGGGACGACUACUGCCUCGCUCACUUCCUCCGCGGCGUCACGCUGCGCUACAUUGCCUACCCCGAGAAGCACGCCAAGGUCGAGCCGGUCAAGUCGCCCAUCCCGCAGUCCGAAGCGAGCCAGCAGGCCGAAAUCUCGCUGCGAAACGUGAUUGAGUCGAGCCACCGGCUCGCCCUGGACCACUACCUGUGCUACUUUGCCCACUACGAGCUCGGCCGGCUGCACGCCAACCGAGGCGACCGGGAGCUGGCCCGCGAAGAAUUCAACAAGAUCAUGAACGGAAAGACGCUCGAGGACAAGGGACGCAAGGGCAAGUACUCGAUGCAGAACAUGUGCACGCUCCGCACCAACGGUGCCCUCUCCGUCCUGUAGAAGAGAGACACAACGCCCUCGUCCGGCCGUCUUCUGUCUCACAUUUUCUUGUACGAUACCUCUUUUCUUCUUCUUGUUCCUGUUUUUUCCUUUCGUUUUGCUAUCACCGCCCUGUCACUUGCGUCUUUUUUUGCCCUUCUCGUUAAUGGAUUGCAGCUCUCUAUUCAUGACCUCCUAGAACCGCCCUCUGAUCGACUCUUCCCUCUCUGGCCUGCUCGCAUUGGUAUACAGCAUCUGUUCUUGUCUAAG